AUGAGCGAUGAAAUAAUUUCAAAGUCCAGCAACAUUUCCUUCGUCGACGAGGAUGCGCCUAAUGCGGACAGCGGCGCCUCUCGUCCGAUCGCUUCAUGGAUCACGUCGAAGAGAUUGACAAACGCCGAGGCGGGGGACGCGUACUUGCGGAACGUGCGGAGCUUCACGACCUUUUCGGCUUCCGGUCCGUCGGCGAUUGCGAGGCGGGACUUGUCGGCGUCUAACGACGGCAAGAUGCUCAAUCAUCGGCGGGAGUCGCUUCAGCAACGUCACGCGCGACAAUCGUCCGUCUCGAGGAGAGACCAGAACGAAGAAAUCGAGAGCGCUUCGCAGCGCUACGAGAACGUGGUGCUCAGAUACCAGAAACCGAGGCCGCAGUCCAAGCGACAGAUCAGCCGGGAACAUCAGCAGCAGCAGAAUAAUAACUCGAGCAGCGACGAGAGCGUCGCGAGGAACAAGUCAAAGAGCACCAGCUCGAUCGACGCACAAUCAGUGAACAAUAUUCUGGACGAGUACGAGGAUCUUGAUUAUUGCAGAUCGUCGGAUCUUAGCGACGUGGGCAAUAUUAACGUGACCAAUUUUGAGGCGAUAAUAAUGGAUCAACAAAAGCGGCAGCAGCAACAAGAAAGAUCAAAGCUAUCCGGCACGAAAGUUCAGAUUAAAUCGAUUCCAACGAGGGAGAAGAUUCAACCAGUAUUAAAGGUGAACCAGCAGACUCAGGUGAGACAGCGUUCGCGGGACAGACAGAAGGAUUCCAGCAAAGCGCAUCAACAGGAUAAUUGCCGCGCCUCGUCGCCGACGACGAUGGAUACGAUCGACAUCGGUCGCUCGAAGAUGCCCGAGAUGUUGCUACGCAGAGGAGAGGUUCAGAAGCGGGUGGACGAAUGGCUGAAUCAGGCGCACAAUCAGAACUUUCCGUUGUCUCCUCGCGAAAAACCCCUAACAAGGUCCAACAGCAGCGCCGAACAAAAGAGCCAGCGAAGAUAUCGCGUCCAGGACUCGCGAUCGCGUUCGAUCGACGAGGCGAAAAGUAAAUUGAACGGUGGAGCCUCGUCGAGUUAUGACGAUCUGACUCGGAUGGAUCAUAAGAUGGAGCGUGGCAAGCCGGACAGAGUGAAUGUUGGCGUCAACACCAGCAGAGGCACAUACAAAGAAUAUUUGGCGAUGAGGAACAAAGUGAAGCAGCAGGAUUACGGUUUCGGUGCUCAAUCGAACAUUGCGUCGUCGAAAUCUAGCGAUUCCAAUCCGGCUUCCAGAAUCCCUCAGAGAGAGCCCUUAGGUUCGAGCUUCAGGUCUAGACGUGCCGAAAUAAAUUCGGAAGAAAAAAACUCGGCUGACGGCAGGAUUACGAAUUUAGUGAAGACAAGAGGCGAAUCUAAUUACGGUAGAACAACCAAAGCCAUCGCUGAAGCGUUCUGGGAAUGGCGCGGAUCAGAAUUGUGCGGUAGCACGUUCGCUCGUUAA